AUGCUCGACAAGCACAGACUGGAGGUUAGAAACCCACAGAGAAAAGGAAAGGUGGGGAACCAGUGGGUGAAGGACUACCUCACAGAAUAUGCAGAGAGCUUCCCACAAGUCUCCAGUCUCCUUGAGGCCAACAUCCACAGGUGUAUCUACGGCCAGAAAGGAUUUGAGCAUUACACCUUUGAGGAGAUGUGGGAGCUUUACAGUCAGUACCUCACCCAAAAGGACAGGCCAGAGCACUUCAGUGCUGAGCAGAGGGAGCUCACACACAAGGCCUACACUUCUGUGAGGAGGUGGCUGCACACACCAGUGACCCACAUCACAAGCGUGCAGAUGAAGAGGUUCAGGAAAUACCUCAAAGAGAAGGAGCAGGCUAGCACUAGGUGUGAUCCCUCAUCUUCGGCAGAUGAUGACGCUGAAUUGGUUGCUGCAAGCCAGGAAGUUGAAGACUUGCUGAAGUUCCAAGAGCCUCCAUGUCGCAAAACUGGCAGGCAGAGCCAGGAUUUCCGACCCACAGACAGGACAAAGCCGAGGAGUCAGUCUGAGACGGCAAAUCUGCCCACGACCCCCGUGAGGCCCAGGCAGCCGGAGACCCCUCCAGCCCACAGAGACCCCGUCCACAUCCAGGGGUCCUGA